ACAAAUUGAUCGAUCAUCCUCUUUCGAUAAAACAUUUCGCGAGGAAUUGCUAAUGAGAGAAAUAUCAUAAAAAAAAAGAAAUGUCAACAAACAGCUGAUUUACUGAUACCUACUGAUACUGUUAUUGUGUAAAUUAUUUUUAUUUUCUCUUUUAAUUUAUUCCAAAUACUAAUACUUACUGUUUAUUCAAGGUUUUAUUGAUAUCAAGAAAUAAUAUAGGAACUUCUGAACAGCCAUGUUUUCAUACUUCAGAGACUACAAUGAGCAAUGAAACUCAUCAAGAAAAUGACAAUACAGGCAGCUGCAGAGACACACAGGUAGACCUUUACAACUUGAUUGGGGGAGGGUGGCCGCCCGCUCCACGAGAGCCCGAGCGCCCCGAGUAUGGCUCAGUGCCCAGCCACAGACGAAGCAUGCAGCGCUCGCCACACUCGGAGCGGGUCAAGUCUAUGAACCUCAUAGCUCACUUGGCUCCAGAUAAACGGAAAAAUAGGCCCACCACAUCCACAUAUCCAAUCAGUGAAGAAUCACAGAAGAAAAACAAGAUGGUGCAUGAACCUAAGAAAGUUGAAACUGGCAUAUUAGUAGAUGUAUGCGGCGCGGAGAAUCCUGAAGAGGUGUACGACUCGCCGGCGCUGGGCUCGCCGCGCGCGGCGCCAGUGCCUGCUAGCCGGUCCCCGCCGCCGCCGCAGGAGGACAUCGGAGUCGGCUCCAUGGUAGAAGUUGCUACAGAUGUUGACCAACACUACUAUGGCGUCGUCAGGUGGAUAGGACUCAUGGACGACACAGCAACAGCAGGCGUAGAACUGGAACAGAGUGUAUGCGGGCUAGGAGACGGCACUCGCGGGGGACAGCGACUGUUCUCGUGUGCGAAUGGUCGCGCGUUGUUCGUGCCGCUGCCGCUGUGUCGCAGAGACGCGCGGUUCCGCGACACCCCGCCGCCGGACCGCGCCGAUCUGCAUGAAACAGAUGAUUUUGAACAGCCGGAUUGUCCGGUAGUACCGGGCGUGGUGGCGCCACUCAGCUCGCUGGGGGAGCUGGCUGGCAAGAACCGCGGCAUCCAGGGACACCACAACUCGUGCUACCUCGAUGCCACGCUCUUCGCCAUGUUCACCUUUACUAGUGUGUUCGACGCGCUGUUGUAUCGACCGCCGGAGCCCGAGGACUCUCCUCACUACUCGGAAGUGCAGCGCGUGUUACGCGAAGAGGUGGUGAACCCGCUACGCAAGCACGGCUACGUGAGCGCCGACCGGGUCAUGAAGCUGCGGACCUUGCUCGAGCGACUGUCCGACGUACCCGGACUCACUUCUGAAGAAAAGGACCCAGAAGAAUUUCUGAACGGUUUAGUAGCACAACUUCUACGCGCCGAGCCGUUCCUGAAGCUGUCCUCAGGCCAGGAAUCGUAUUGCUACCAGCUGUUUGUGGAGAAAGACGAACACGUGACGUUGCCCACCGUGCAACAACUACUGGAGCAGUCCUUCUCUACCUCCGGAGUUAAACUUAGCGAGGUACCAGCAGCCUUCAUCAUUCAAAUGCCACGGUUCGGGAAACAGUACAAGUUGUACCAGCGGGUAUUACCUUCUCCGCUACUGGACGUCACCGAUCUCAUAGAAGGACUGCCGCGCCAGUGCACGGUGUGCGGCUCGCUGGCGCGCUGGGAGUGCGGCGCGUGCGCGGCGGGCGGCGCGCUCGAGGCCGGCGCGCUGUGCGGCGCCUGCCUGCGGCUGGCGCACGCCUCGCGCGCGCACCACAAGGCAACGCCGUUGGUCGUGUGCGAAGAGUUCGCGAACAUUCUAGAAUCCUGCCCGGUGCCGCGCGUGUUCAUGGAGCUGUUCGCAGUGCUCUGCAUAGAGACGAGCCACUACGUCGCAUUCGUGAAGGCUGGGGUCGGACACGACGCGCCGUGGUGCUAUUUCGAUUCCAUGGCUGAUAGGAAAGGCGAGCGCAACGGCUACAACAUCCCCGAGAUAGUGUGCAUAGAGGAGCUGGGCGCAUGGCUCAGCGAGGAGGGCCGCGCCCCGCCCGCCGCCGCGCCGGAGCGCCCGCCGCCGGCGCACGCGCGCCGCCUGCUGGCCGACGCCUACAUGUGCUUCUACCGCAGCCCCGACGUCGCCAUGUACCGCUGACCGCACCGACGGAACGACUACAUGCUACACGUCACUACACCCUACAUCUAUAGAAAAAUAAAACUCGUUUACAGCUCGCGUCGUACGGUCGGACGGCAAGAGAAGAAGCGGGUUGACAUCCACGCCUUUUGUAUUGUAACAUGGUGCAUGGAACAGCUGUCAUAAUUACAGCAGGACAGAAAAUAUAGUACAUUGCGUGCCGCGAAUGUCAUGAGAGAUAGGUCUAACCUGUACACUUUUAGUAUGAAAGAGACGAGAGAUAUGUCAUUCUAAACAUGUUACGUUAAGUAGGUAGUAUAUUUUCUCUUUCACACUAGACUGUAAUCUAUCUUACUGUUCUGCUGUCAUACGCACUAUUCUAUAACGCAAAAGGUAUAAUGUCAGUCUCUGACGGUGAAACAGCGAUGAGAAGACAAAGGGACACUUUCUCCCGGCAAAUGGCGUCUUGCAAUUGGUACAUAUGAUCAACAUCAGAAUGUAGAACAGGACGGAUAUCGCAGAUAAAUAACAUAAAUCCAAAUAAAAUUUGACAAUGCCGCUUAUGACACAUUUAAAAUGAUUGCUUCGCCCAUAUCAACAUAAUGCGCACGAGACUAAGUGAAAAAGAGUGAUAGAUAACGUCAUCUGCGAUUAGCGUAACACAGGAUAAUGGCCUAAUACAACUGCAAGGGACAAAGAUACGAUACAUGACACCUUUUCAGCUUUUGCUUUGCUCGAGAGUGUAACGUACAGGCGUUUUAUAAAAUUGAGCUGUUCUAAUAUUGCAGUAAAAAAGACAUACAACAGCACAUGGCUUAAUAAUGUCUUGCCUUUCUUUCCUUUCAAGUGCAGUUGGAUAUCGUAACUUAGUGUAUGUCUUAAAGCACUUAUUUCAGUAGCAAGUAAAGAAGCGAAAUGGUAAAGUUAAUAUUUGAUUGAAUGAGUAUUAUACUCUUAAGAAAGCUAAUUAACAAUAUUAACAGAUAUCUUUAACGAAAUGUGCGACAUCUGUGAUUGGAUAAUUAUGUAUUCAAGAGUAUAAAAUUGUAUUUUAAUUUAUAGUGGUAAAUUAUAUGUAAACAAAGAUUGUAUGUAUUAUGCAAUAUUAUAUUUCGUUCAUACAAACUA